AUGUUAUAAUCUCAUGUUAAUGGAACCAUAAAUCAAGAGUAUAAAAGAGUGGUAGAGAAAUACUAGAGGUAUUUGAAUGAAAGAUCUAAAUUAAAACAUCAAUCUAAUGAUAAGUUAAGUGCAGCAGUCCGAAAGAUUUAUCUGAAUCCUCUCCUUCCUUCAUUAUAAUCUGAUCAUUAACAAUCUACUAAUCGAAUACGGAAACGGCAAUCUUCCUUGUUAAAAGAGCAAUAUUCGCAUUUUAAGCAAGAAUCUGUUGAGUAGAUAAAUGCAAAUCUCCAAUAAUCAAUUGCGAAUCAUAAUUCAAACUCAGUACCAAAAAAGUAGAAUCACUCACAAGCCAACCUUGAAACACCACAAUAGCAAAGUUUUUUUAUUGGUUUAUACAAAAAUUAGAGGAUUGAAAAUUAAUGCAAAAACAUUACCAUUAAAGAUUUGGUAUAAUUUAACAAAAAUUCAUAAGAACAAUUAUAAAAUAUAACACAUCUUCCAUAGUUGCAAUAAUAGGCAUCAAAUGAAAUUAAUUUAAGUCGAUAUUUUGUGAAAAAACCAAGGCCAAAGAAGAUCUCUUUUGAUGAAAUCUCAUUUUCUUAUAAAUGGGAAAGAGAAAGAGGAAACAAUGUAGUGAGAAUUGAUAGAUUAUAAGUAGAAGAAUUUUCAGAAAAAGUAGUAGAAUAUCUCUUAAUGUAAGAUAUUAUGAGAUUAUUCUUUUAAAAUUCUAGUGUUCUAUAAUUGAAAGCAAUAAUGCUUGAACUAUUUAAAGGAGUUUAUUAUGAAAGCACACUAAAUUUUGAAUCCAUUACAGCAUUCUUUACAACACAAUAAAUAACAUAUUUGGAAAUAUUUUAUAUAAAGUAUUCAAUCUCUUAGAUCUUGAUUAAUGCUAAGUAUAAUUAUAUUUUCGUGGAAAGAGCUCUCAAUUAAUUUGAAGAAUAUCGUUAUCUUUUGUAAAAACCAAUUCCAUUUAUUACUAAAUUAUUCGAUAAUACAUUUUACUCCAAUGUUGUCAAAGGCAUUAUGAUGAAACUAUUGAAAAGUCCUGCUUACAAUAAGUUCAUGACUAACUAGAAAUUUGAAAGCGAAUCCUUCAUAUAUGCAGUUAAAAAUGGCUUAUUUCCAUAUUUGGUUGGAGAAUACGUAGGAUUGCCUUUGCAUGCAAGGGUUAAAGAUGUCAAAGCUGAGCAAUUCAGAUAAUAAAUCUUAUAACCAUAUAUAAACUAGGUUUUUGUGAUUCAAGUAAAAAAUCUAUUGAAUGAACAUUUUCUUGAUGAGUUUUAUAUUAAAGAAGUAGAGAGGAGGUUACUAUUUCCAAAGUAAGGUUAAGAUUUACCAGAUGAAACACAUUUUCCUCUUUAUUAUAUAUGGUCUUAUAUACAAUGUAAGAAUACUCUUAUACCAUCUUAUGAUAUCAGGGCCAUGAUGAAGAUAAUAAAGAUUAAUCCAAGCUAAUUGGAUUCAGAUUCAGAUGUAUUCUCAGAUAAUAUUAAAUAUUUGGAGUAAUUCGAAUAAAUGAAAGAGGAAUUGUAAAUAUUUAAAUGA